AUGUCGAUUGAUAUGAACAAGAACUACUUUAAACUGCUGAAAGGUUUCCGUCGGCAGGACUUGGCACAAUUCGUCGAUGAUCAUGAUAGACUGUUCAAAGUUGCCAAGGAUACCGAAGAUCACCUGGCUGUUACUUCGCACUACUACAGUGUUAUGUCUUCUGUGAUAAACGAUUUCUUCGGAGGAAAUUUUCAUUUCGCAGCUCCAAAAGAUAAGACCGGAACUAUGGAACAAGCUCUUUACGACUUACAUCAGUACAUUGGGCAGAAGCUUGAUCUGAAGAGUGAUGUUUCCUGUUUGGAUAUUGGAUGUGGAAUCGGAGGUGUUAUCAAGGACCUGGCCAACACAGAGGCUACUUUGACCGGAAUAACCAUAGCACCAAAUGAAGCUGAAAUGGGAAAUGAAGAUAUGAGAGCUCUUGGCAUUUCCGAAAGAUGUUCUCUCGUGGUUGGAGACUGUCACAACAUGCCACUGAACAACCAAUCUUUUGAUGCAGCCUAUGCCGUAUAUGCUUUGAAAUACUUCCCUCGGUUGUCUGGAGUAGUGAAAGAGGUCUCUCGUAUUCUCAAACCCAAUGGCAAGUUCUUAAUUUAUGACUUGAUCAAAACUGAUAAGUAUGAUGAGAAGAAUGAAGAGCAUCGCCAAUGCGUUGAAGGUCUUGAGUAUGCUUGUGGCAUGCCAUCAUUACAUACCAAAGAAGAGAUGGUUCAAGCAGCUGCUGACUACGGACUCGAGCUGAUAGAGGAAGAAGAUCUAUCAGAGAUUAACGGUUCCAGUUAUCACUACUGUUUCUCACACUCUCCCCUCUUCAUGUGGCUUGUAAGGAGUCCUGCAAUAGGUCAUUUGAUUCGUUUGGGUGAGAGCUUGAACAUACUACCAAAAGGAUUUUUACAAUUCAAUAAGAUCUUCCUGGCCGGAACAGUUGAUAAGAUUGUGCGUGGUGGAGAAAUGGGCAUAUUGUCCGGAUCCCAAAUAUUCGUGUUUCAAAAGAAGAACUGA